CUAAUAAAAAAAUAGAAAAACCGACCAACACUUCUUCCUCAUCUUCCAUCUGAGCUGUUGCCUGUACAAAAACUCCAACCUCUUUCUUUACCACCCGGAAACCGGCGCCACCCUCUCCUCUCUCUCCUCUCCUCUCCGUUCGCCUCUUUCCUUCCGCGUUUCUACGACCUCCGAUGGGUCAUCGCCUUCUUUUCCUCUUACUCCCCUUCUUUAUUCUUCAUCUCCUAUCAACUGCCACUGCUGAUGACGGCGCUGUCAUGCUUAAGCUCGCCAGUUCUCUCAGCCCAUUGCCCAGCGGUUGGUCCACCAAGACUUCCUCAGGUUUCUGCAGCUGGGAUGGUGUAGGUUGUGAUUCCUCCGGCAGGGUCACCAGCAUUUCUCUUCCUAACCAAGAUCUCACCGGCAGCCUACCAUCGGAGCUCGCUUCCCUCUCGGAGCUCCAGAAGCUGUCCCUUCAAAAUAAUAGGCUUUCUGGGGAUCUCCCAUCUUUCGCUAAUCUCUCAAAUUUGCAAUCUUUGUUCCUGGAUUCCAAUAUGUUCACUUCUUUCCCUCCCGGCUUCUUCAAAGGGCUUACUAGUUUGCAAACUUUGAGCAUUGGAAACAACUCUAAUCUCUCUCCCUGGGAGCUUCCUACAGAUCUUGCUGAUUCCUCUGCUCUCACAACUUUAGAAGCUAGCAGAUCCAACAUUUUUGGCUCAAUUCCUGACAUUUUUGCAUCUUUCCCCGGUCUUCAGAAUUUGAGGCUCAGCUAUAAUAAUCUCACAGGUUCUUUGCCACGAUCGUUUGCAAAUUCUGCGAUCCAGAACUUGUGGCUAAAUAAUCAGCUAAUGGGUUUAACGGGCAGUAUUGAUGUGCUCUCAUCGAUGACCCAGUUGUCCCAGGUGUGGCUCCAGAAGAAUCAGUUUACUGGUCCAAUUCCAGAUUUGUCCAAAUGUCUUAGCCUUUUCGACUUGCAGCUGCGAGACAAUCAGUUUACUGGGGUAGUGCCGCCUUCCAUAGUUUCGCUUCCUAAGCUAGUUAACAUUUCCUUGUCAAAUAACAAAUUGCAGGGUCCUUCCCCAGUGUUCAAAUCAUCUAUCAAGGUCACUAAUGAUGGGAAAAACAAUUAUUGUACUGUUUCUGGGAAGCCCUGUGAUGAGCAGGUGACCGCGUUGCUUGAGAUUGCCGCAAGUCUUGGGUAUCCAUCGAAACUUUCUGAUGAUUGGACAGCAAAUGAUGCCUGUGCUGGUUGGAACUUCGUUUCAUGUGAUCCAAAUAACAAGGUUACCACAAUCAAUUUGGUAAAGCAGGGUUUCUCAGGGACAAUUUCUCCUGCAUUUUCCAAUCUCACUUCUUUGAAGAAUUUGUAUCUCAAUGGCAAUAACUUGUCAGGUCCUAUUCCUGAUAGCUUGACCAAACUUGCACAGCUUCUGACACUUGAUGUUUCCAAUAAUAAUCUCUCUGGUAAAGUUCCGGCAUUUCCUUCUUCAGUGAAGUUAAUCACUAAGCCUGGAAACCCUCUGCUGGGGACGGAUAUAAGCACUGAUGGAGGUAAUCCAUCAUCAUCUGACACAAAUGGUGGCUCUCCAACUGCGAGCCCAUCUUCAUCAGGUGCAGGAAAAGGCAGUGGAAUAUCGGGAGGUAUUAUUGCUGGUAUUGUUAUAGCCGUUGUUAUUUUCAUUGCUGUUUUAUCAUUUGUGUUGUAUAAAUACAAGAAAAGGCGUGGAAGGUAUGGGGAUGUGGAGCUAGAUGACAGCGUGCAGGUACUUGGUAAGAAUGGAGGAGGGCCUAGUGGGAGUAAUGGGUACAACGGGCUGCCUACUGAACUUCAUAGCCAGAGUAGCGGCGGAGAUAGUGACCGUAAAAUGUUUGAGGGUGGAAAUGUUGCAGUGUCAAUUGAAGUUCUUAGACAAGUUACAAAUAAUUUUAGUGAGAACAAUAUUAUAGGAAGAGGCGGUUUUGGUGUAGUGUAUAGAGGGGAGUUGCACGAUGGGACUAAGAUUGCUGUGAAGAGGAUGGAAGCCACGGUGAUGGGCACCAAAGGUAUGAAUGAGUUUCAGGCAGAGAUUGCAGUGCUUUCAAAGGUUAGACAUAGGCAUCUUGUUGCUCUUUUAGGUUACUGUGUGAAUGGCAAUGAGAGACUGUUGGUCUAUGAGUUCAUGCCUCGUGGAACACUAGGGGAUCAUUUGUUUGAUUGGCAAGUUCAUGGCUAUGCCCCACUUACAUGGAAGCAAAGAGUUACCAUUGCACUAGAUGUGGCAAGAGGAGUCGAGUACCUGCACAGUUUAGCUCAACAGAGUUUCAUUCAUAGAGAUUUGAAACCAUCAAAUAUUCUUCUUGGGGAUGACAUGAGAGCCAAAGUAGCAGAUUUUGGUUUGGUUAGAAAUGCACCCGACGGGAAGUAUUCUGUCGAAACUCGAUUGGCAGGCACAUUUGGCUAUCUUGCACCUGAGUAUGCUGCUACUGGAAGGGUGACAACGAAAGUGGAUGUUUACGCCUUUGGAGUAGUUCUGAUGGAGAUCUUAACUGGCAGAAAAGCACUGGAUGACACCAUGCCAGAUGAGAAGGCUCAUCUGGUUACAUGGUUUCGCAGAGUCCUAAUAAAUAAAGAGAGCAUUCCAAAGGCAAUUGAUCAGACUAUCAACUUGGAUGAGGAGACAUUAGCAAGCAUUUACAAAGUGGCUGAGCUAGCAGGACAUUGCACUUCUCGUGAGCCAUACCAAAGACCUGACAUGGGGCAUGCAGUUAAUGUAUUAGGUCCUCUUGUAGAGCAAUGGAGACCUGCUAGCCGAGAAGAAGAUGAAGGUUAUGGCAUUGACCUCCAUAUGAGCCUUCCACAAGCUUUGCAAAGAUGGCAAGCAGAUGAAAGUUCUUCAUCAAUUUUUAAUGACAUAUCCUACUCCCAGACGCAGUCAAGUAUUCCUGCAAAGCCUGCUGGCUUUGCAGAAUCAUUUAAAUCAACUGAUCUUCGAUGACAAGCAGAUAAGAUCAGAAAGCUCUAAAAAGGAGAUUAAAGGAAAGGUAAUCGUCACCACUCAAGUGUAUCACUGUUUCAUUGUAUUUACUGAUUUUGCUCGUUUCUUUCAUGAUCUUUAAUUCUUGAUCGGCUAAAACCUGAGCAGCAGAACUAUAAGAAAAGGCAGUUUGAUUCUUUUUUUCAUUAUUUGUUCUUUUUUUUUAUUUCCUGUCUGGGUGAAAGAGGGAAUGGCCUCUGGGUGGAGGAAGGGGGGAAGAGUGAGAAUGUUGUCUGAUAUUUAUCAUAUACUUUCAUUACUUGUAGUAAGUUUAUGCUCCAAAAUGAUUUCUAAUGGAUGGAAAUUUGUUAGUUGUUUAUGUUUAA